AUGCGUUGUAACGUAGGCAUCUUUCGCUGUGUUUCUUUGGUUGUGAAUGUGGGGGGCGUGACCUGUGGUACGCGUCCGGCGCCAGGGCGCCUGUCCGAACCGAGGGCUCGGGAAUUGGGGUGUACGCAUCAUCCCAGGGUCUCGUCCAGGAAGAUUAAUCAUCUUCCUCAUCCCAACACAACCAAACAAACCGAAAGAUACACAAGGAAGGUCGCGAUUCCCUUCCCGCGCUCGAGAACCCCAUUGGCAUCCGAUCGAGACAUCGGAGGGGAAAAGCGCGGCUGA